AAGAGCGCCACGACAUACUUUGUUUCUCUUUAUUAUUUUUCGUCAUUAUCAGUCUUCCUUCCUCUCUAACCUUUCUCUAACCUUCUUUCUCUAACUUGUUUUUUGUUCUAACCUUCCUUGACAUCUACAUCAUGGGCUUCCGAUCGGACCGGGAUAUCCCUGAUCUCACGGGUAAAACUAUCCUCGUCACCGGAGGAAACAUCGGCUUGGGAAAGGCCUGUGUGCUCGAGUACGCCCGGCAUCAUCCCGACCAUAUCUGGCUUGCUGCCCGCAACCUGACCAAGGCCCAAGCCGCUGCCGACGAGAUCAAAGAGCAAGUGCCCGACGCACCCAUCCGACUGCUUGAACUCGACCUGACCUCGUUUGACUCCAUCAAGCGGGCUGCACAAGAGUUCGCCGGCUCGUCUCAACGGCUCGACAUCCUGAUGCUCAAUGCCGGCAUCAUGGCCUCGCCUCCCGGCUUGACCCAGGACGGCUACGAGAUCCAAUUCGGCACCAACCACAUGGGCCACGCCCUUCUGACCAAGCUCCUGCUGCCGAUUCUGGAGCAGACCGCCCAUGCCAAUGGCGACGCCCGUGUCGUCUCUCUGUCCUCCGAUGGCCACAGCCUCGCACCACCGGGUGGCUUCCAGUUCGACACGAUCAAGACCUCCGGCGACAGUCUCAGCGCGUUGGCUCGGUACGGCCAGAGCAAGCUCGCGAAUAUCCUUUGGAUCCGGCAGCUAGCAGUCGAGUACCCUGCUUUGACUACCGCGUCUAUCCAUCCGGGGGUCGUGAGUACGAAUCUAUUGAGUGGGGCGACGGAUGCUCCUUGCAUUGCCCGGGUGUCCCUGCAUGCCGCCAACUCCAUGGGACUCCUUUCGACAGUGGAAAAGGGAAUCCGCAACCAGCUGUGGGCGUCUGUAUCGCCCGAGGUCAAGAGUGGCGAGUACUAUACGCCUGUUGGAGUGUCAGGGAAGGGGAAAGCCAUUGGGAGGGACAUGACCUUGGCGCGGAAGCUCUGGGAUUGGACGGAUGACGAGUUGAACCGUUUCUUGUCGGCAUGAUUAUCUAUACCUGUGUUUGGAUCUGUAUCAUACGUAUAUCUCCAUCAUUGCAUCAUACUACUACCAUUCCA